GGACCCCGGAAGAGUUUAUCUGCUGAAGAGACGCAUGACCAAGUCAGGAUUAAGUCCCUUUUCUGUUUUAUCAAAGGAAAACGAUUACAGUUGUAAUUAUAGUGCGUUUUAAUAACAACCCGAAGUUAAGGGCAGGCAUCUGUUGGCAGAAGCGCAAGUUGAAGCAUGGCUGGACUCAUAAACUUUGAAGAUGAGAAUGAGGUGAAACAGUUUCUGGACAAUUUGGGAGUGGAGUACAGCUUCCAGUGCUACAAAGAGAAGGAUCCUGAAGGGUGCCAAAGGCUCGCCGAUUACUUGGAAGGGGUGAAGAAAAACUACGAAUCCACGGCACAAGUGCUCAAACAUAACUGUGAGACAAAUGGUUUUGGAGAGAGCUGCUAUAAACUGGGAGCUUACCAUAUCACAGGCAAAGGUGGAGUGACUGAAUGUCUGCAAAAAGCCUACUCCUGCUUCAUCCGCUCCUGUAAUGCUGGAGGAAAGAAGUCCAUAGAUGCCUGUCAUAACGUUGGCCUGUUAGCUCACGAUGGACGAGCUAUGGAAGGACAACCGGACCUUACGGCAGCUCGGCAGUACUAUGAGAAGGCCUGCGCGGGUGGCUUUGCUCCUUCCUGCUUUAACCUCAGUGCUCUUUUCAUUGAGGGUAACUCCAAAGGGUUGCCACCAGAUAUGACUCAAGCCUUUAAGUAUGCCAACAGGGCUUGUGAGCUGGGACAUGUGUGGGGCUGCGCCAACGCAAGUCGCAUGUACAAACUUGGGGAUGGUACAGAGAAGAAUGACAAGAAAGCAGAGGAGCUUAAGAAUCGAGCGAGGGAGCUGCAUGGUUUAGAGAAGGAAAGGCAGCUCAAAUUUGGGGAGUGAAACACUUUCAAUAAAUUAACUUGGUGCUGGUUUGUCUCCACAUGUGGUGUUCAGUCAGGUUGUUGUGAACAAGCCUAUGUGUGUGUUCAGGCCUAUUCAGGGGGUUCAAAGCUUGUAGAUGGUCUGUUAUUAGUUUAUAAUAGAAUGCUUAAAUGGGUCUGUUUGUGUCAUUUACUGUGGAUUCAGAGAGCCCGUUUAACUUAUUUCAAUUACUGUAGUCAGUCAAAUGUAAACAAGAAAAUGUAAAAGCAAUAAAAAAUGAUUUAACUUUCA